AUGCCUGCCUUUCCCCUCCUUCGCCUUCCUCGAUUGGUCUUGUUCGAUGUAUUCAAAUCAUUGAAUAUCGGUGAGAAAAUCAAGCUCUCCAUCUGCUCGAAGAAACUCUCCACUCAAAUCAAUAAUGCUCGUUUGUAUUCUCAAAAAGUUAUAGUCGAUCUGGACUGCAUAAACUACAAAAUCAGUGUUCACUCUGAAAAUAAGAAAGAUUCAUUUGAAAUCUCCAUUUAUUCAGACUCAUGGAGAAGUCACAAUUCAAAUGAUCAACAAUUUUCAAUCGCAUGUUGUACUGUAAAAGUUGUUUCUAUUCCAACAAGAAUCAAAACAUUCUGGAAGAAUUAUCGAGAAGGAUAUCUAUCUGCUAUUCAACAUCUAUUGAAGAUGUUUCAUUGCAAGAUUUCAACUGAUAUUGGUUUAUAUAAUAGUGAUUUAUAUCAACCAACAAUUGCAAUGUUGUUUGAUCUACAACAGGAAUUUAAGACGCUCACUAUCAUGCUGCAUAGAUUAGAAAAUCGAGAAUUGUUGUGGAACCAGAUAUCCAGUAAUUUGGAAUUGGUGGAGGAUCUAAAUAUCUCAACUACUGUUAACGCUGGUUUCAAACCAGUUUUCACUUCAUGGCCACAAAAAAUUUAUAUCAUGGAUUCCUAUUGGUUCACUCUGGAAUCUCUUUUGGCGUGCACUUGCACUACAAUUACACUCGAGGAGUCUCGUUUAGGAAACAAGGAUUUGGAUGUGAUUCUUAGAAAUUGGAAGGUCGGAGGAUUUCCGAAUCUAGAAUAUCUGAAGAUCCAUGGUGAAAGUAUUACGAAUAAUAGAACGAAGAUUUUGGGAAUGAAUUUGGAAGAAUUAAACGGGUCGGGUAUCCAAACUGAUGAUGGAUCAAAGAAGGCAAUUAUCAUCACUGAUUACGGUAGUAUUGAAAUGUCUGUGAUUUCAUUUGGUAAUCCGAGGCAUACACUGCGAGGUAUCUAUUUUACAAUUAGAAUUUACUAG